AUGGUGACGCUCGCUGGACCGCUGGUACUCCUGGCCGCCGUCCUGGCCACGGCCUCGGGCUACUUUGUCAGCAUCGUCGUGCAUGCCGAGGAGUGCUUCUUCGAGCAGGUCACCGCGGGCACCAAGAUGGGCCUCAUCUUCCAGGUGGCCGAGGGCGGCUUCCUGAACAUCGACGUGGAGAUUACAGGACCUGAUAAUAAAGGAAUUUAUAAAGGAGCCCGGGAAUCCAGUGGGAAAUACACAUUUUCUGCUCACAUGGAUGGAACAUAUAAAUUUUGUUUUAGCAGUAGGAUGUCCGGCAUGACUCCAAAGAGAGUGAUGUUCACCAUUGAUACUGGGGAGGCCCCAAAAGGACAAGACAUGGAAACACAAGCUCACCAGAACAAGCUAGAAGAGAUGAUUAAUGAGCUAGCAGUGGCGAUGACCGCCGUGAAGCCUGAGCAGGAGAACAUGGACGUUCGAGAGAGGAUACACAGAGCAGUCAACGACAACACAGACAGCAGAGUGGUCUUCGGUCCUUCUUGGAAGUUCUUGUUCUAG